AUGGGGGGCUAUGCUAUGCUAAUGGAUGUCUACGCGUUUGUAGCUGUUAGCGGCUCAAGGGCCGAAAUGGAUGGCACAGCGCAGCGCAGCGCAGCGCAGCGCAGCACAGCACAGCACAGGCAAAUGUACCAACUCACAGCCCCAGCAGGCUACAUUCUGUUGCAUCCAAAACGGCACAGCACAGCAGCUGCUGAUAGUGCACACCACGCAAUCAUCCCCGAACAAUUCCAUUCGUUAAAACUCUCUCACAAACCUCCAAACAACCAAAACCCAAACCACCCAAACCACCCACACACAAACACCUUCAAAAUGCGUGCUGCUGCUGUCGUCGCCCUCUUCGCUGCCACCGCCAUGGCCCAGACUGGCGGCACUGCCUCUCCCACCAACGGCACCAGCGUCACCCAGACUGGCAAGCCCACCUCUGCUCCCACCAACGCAGCCGGCUCCCUGUCUCAGAACAUCCUCCUCGGUGUCGGUGCCGCCGCCGUCUUCGCUGCCAACCUCUAA